AGGAAGUCUCCUCAUUUAUAAAAUCAUAGACCCGGGUCGCGAGCAGAGUCUUCUCCUACGUUUUCAACUCUCUCUUAAACCACAAAUUUGAGACCAGAGCAGCAAUUUUCUGUAUAGAGAAACCGAGGAAAUGGCUGUAGGAAGAGAAGAGGCUGAGGUGCAGAUAGUGAAGCCACGUACGGACAAGAGAGAGUACAGGCGAAUUAUCCUCAAAAACUCCUUGGAGGUCCUCUUGAUCAGCGAUCUUGAUACCGAUAAGUGUGCCGCUUCAAUGGAUGUCAGUGUUGGCUCUUUCUCCGAUCCCAGUGGUCUCGAAGGCUUAGCUCAUUUUCUCGAGCAUAUGCUAUUUUAUGCAAGUGAGAAAUAUCCGUUGGAAGAUAGUUAUUCAAAAUAUAUCACAGAGCAUGGAGGCAGCACAAAUGCUUUUACAUCUUCUGAGAACACGAACUACUAUUUUGAUGUUAAUACCGAUUGUUUUGAAGAGGCUUUGGACAGAUUUGCACAGUUCUUUAUCAAACCAUUGAUGGCAGCUGAUGCCACCAUGAGAGAAAUUAAAGCUGUUGAUUCUGAGAAUCAGAAGAACUUAUUGUCCGAUGCUUGGCGAAUGACCCAGUUACAAAAACACCUAAGUGCGGAAGAUCAUCCAUAUCAUAAAUUCAGCACAGGAAAUUGGGAAACUUUGGAGGUUCGGCCGAAAGAAAAAGGACUGAAUACAAGAAAUGAGCUUAUUAAAUUCUAUGAAGAAAACUAUUCUGCCAACCUCAUGCAUCUCGUUAUAUAUGCAAAAGAAAGCCUUGAUAGAAUUCAGUGUAUGGUGGAGAAGAAGUUCCAGGAUAUUCGGGACACUGGUAGAAGCCAUUUCAGGUUUCCUGGUAAACCUUGCAGAUCAGAACAUUUACAGAUUCUUGUUAGAUCUGUUCCAAUAAAAGAAGGCCACAAAUUAAGAAUCAUAUGGCCGGUAACCCCUAGCAUUAACCAUUACAAGGAAGCACCAUGCAGGUACCUUGGUCAUCUCAUUGGCCAUGAAGGGGAAGGAUCUUUGUUUUAUGUCUUGAAAACUUUGGGUACGUUUUGUAUCUUUUGCAUUCUUAAAAUAAUUAAUUUCCUAAUGGGUUCCAUGUAUAGAUUAAUACUGUUUUUCCUCUUUGAUUGGGUUACAGAGCACAUGCAAGAUAUUGUAGGAUUACUAUUUAAAUACAUUCAGCUGUUACAGCAGUCUGGAGUUUGCCAAUGGAUAUUUGACGAGCUUUCAGCUGUUUGUGAGACGGUAUUUCAUUACCAGGACAAAAUCCGGCCCAUUGAUUAUGUGGUUGAUGUUGCAUUAAACAUGAAGAUAUACCCCCCAAAAGAUUGGCUAGUGGGAUCAUCAUUGCCUUCUAAUUUCAAUCCAGAUGUCAUAAAAAUGGUGCUACACGAGCUUUCUCCUGAUAAUGUUCGAAUCUUUUGGGAAUCAAAGAAAUUUGAAGGACAUACUGACAGGGUUGAACCAUGGUACAACACUUCCUACUCUAUAGAGAAAAUUACCAGCCCUUUGAUUCAGGAGUGGAUGCUAAGUAGUCCAAAUGAAAAUUUGCACCUGCCAACACCAAAUAUCUUCAUUCCUACUGAUUUGGCACUUAAGGCUACACAGGACAAGGUCAAAUUUCCAGUUUUGUUGAGAAAUUCUCCCUCCUCAAAGUUGUGGUACAAGCCCGAUACAAUGUUUUCCACUCCCAAGGCAUAUGUUAAGAUUGAAUUCAAUUGUCCUCAUGCCAGCAUCUCUCCUGAAACUGAAGUUCUUACUCAUAUAUUUGCACGGUUGUUGAUGGAUUACUUGAAUGAAUAUGCUUAUUAUGCUCAGGUUGCUGGUCUAUAUUACAGCAUUCAUCAGUCAGAUAAUGGUUUUCAGGUUACUGUCCUCGGUUAUAAUCACAAGUUGAGGAUCUUACUGGAAACUGUUGUUGAAAAAAUUGCUAAGUUUGAAGUGAGACCUGAUAGAUUCUCUGUGAUCAAGGAGAUGGUGAUGAAGGAAUAUCAAAAUUUUAAUUUUCAACAACCCUAUCAGCAAGCUAUGUACUAUUGCUCAUUAAUUCUACUGGAUCAAACAUGGUCGUGGAUGGAAGAACUUGAAGUUCUUCCUAAUCUUGGAGCUGAAGAUCUUGCAAAAUUUGCCCCUAUGAUGCUUUCAAGGGCCUUCUUAGAGUGUUAUGUAGCAGGUAAUAUUGAGCGCAAUGAAGCAGAGUCAAUGAUUGAGCAUGUUGAAGAUGUUUUCUUCAAGGGUCCAAACCCCAUAUGCCGACCAUUAUUUUCAUCACAACAUUUGACAAAUAGAGUUGUUAAGCUCCGGAAGGGCAUGAGUUACAGCUAUUCUAAGAGAGGCCUAAAUCCAAAUGAUGAGAACUCUGCUAUAGUUCACUAUAUUCAGGUUCAUCGAGAUGAUUUCAUUUUGAAUGUGAAACUUCAGCUUUUUGCUUUAGUUGCAAAGCAACCUGCAUUCCACCAGCUCAGAUCGGUAGAGCAACUUGGUUACAUUACCGUGCUGAUGCAGAGGUACGAUUCUGGCAUCCGUGGCGUGCAAUUCAUUAUCCAGUCAACAGUGAAGGGUCCCCAACACAUUGAUUCGAGGGUCGAGGCAUUGCUCAAAAUGUUUGAGACUAAACUUUAUGAAAUGACUGCUGACGAAUUCAAGAGCAAUGUAAAUGCCUUGAUUGAUAUGAAGCUUGAAAAGCACAAGAACCUGAGAGAAGAAUGCGGAUUCUACUGGAGAGAGAUUGCUGAUGGGACCCUCAAGUUUGAUAGAAGAGAGGCUGAGGUCUCUGUGUUAAGACAACUCACCCAGCAAGAAUUGAUUGAUUUCUUCAACGAUCAUAUAAAAGUCGGUGCACCUCAGAAGAAGAAGCUGAGUGUACUAGUGUAUGGGAGUCAACAUCUUUCUGAGCUCACAUUGGAUGAAAACAAACAAACUCAACCACCGACGGUUCAGAUAGAUGACAUUUACAGUUUUAGAAGAUCUCUACCUCUUUAUGGUUCAUUUAGGGGGUGUUUUCAUACAAAGUUGUAGGGAUUGAAUCUUAGUUGUAUCCGUUCACAGAAGAUUUGAACACGAUGCUCCUCCAUCCAAGUUUCUGGAGCUUCCGGACUGCAUAGUUAAGGAUGAACAACCGAGAAUUACAGGAAGCUUCCACAAUUUAGACUUAAUAGUGGCCAAAUUCUGUCAAAAAUCUAGGUGAUCAUGAAGGAAAAACCUGGUCUGAUAUUGCUCGACUGGAUAGUCAGGUAUUCCUUUAUAUUUUUUAUAUAUCCGCAUUGCUAUAGCACCCGUUUCUUAUUUUAUAGUUACUUUUGCCUUUGUCUUGUGAAUUAAUGAGAUCGAAGAAGAUUCUGCUUGAGGGUUUGUUGAUUUCUAUAAGAACUAUGAUGUAAUUUUAAAAGUU